UAAAUUUUCAACAUAUGUCCAACAUCUUUUCAUUUUCAGAAGAAAUUGUUGGCACAGAGAUAUGUUCAAAUAAUGACUUUUCUUGUGGGGAUGGUUUUUGUAUCAGCUAUGAUUUUAUAUGUGACGAUGAUAUAGAUUGCUUGAAUAGCGCUGACGAACAAAAUUGUACGAAAGUAUGUACAAAUGAUCAAUUCAGAUGUGAUAAUAAAACCAGGUGUAUUCCUAUCUCAUGGAAAUGUGAUGGUGACUUCGAUUGUGUUGAUCAUACAGAUGAAAGUAUCAAUUGUACAAACAUUAAUCAAGUCUGCCCAUCACUACACUUUGACUGUCUCAUGUCUGAGAGAUGCAUUCCUUGGUCCUGGAAGUGUGAUAAUGACUGGUACUGUACAGAUGGCUCGGAUGAAGGCGAACACUGUCAUGACAUAUGUAGCGGUGGCCAGUAUAUGUGUGAAAACCAUGUUUGCAUAUCAAGUAGUUUGAAAUGUGAUGGGAAUAAGGACUGCUUAGAAGGAUCUGAUGAAAAUGAUUGUCCAAUGACAACUUUAUCGUCAGAUCCUGAACCAAGCUCUAGUACAAGCACGAGCAAGUUUAUUGAGAACAAAGUAAAUACCAAUAACGACAGCAGAUAUAGCACCCAUAUGCUUGCAGAUCCUGCUACUGAAAUGACAACUUUAUCGUCAGGCUCUGAACCAAGCUCUAGUACAAACACGAGCAAGUUUAUUGAGAAAAAAGUGGAUACCAAUAACGACCACAGAUAUAGCACCGAUAUGCGUGCAGAUGCUAUAACCGAAAUGACAACUUUAUCGUCAGGCCCAGAGCCAAACUCUAGUACAAGCACGAGCAAAUUUAUCGAGGACAAAGUGGACAAAGACAACAAACGGAUAUUUAGUAAUGUCAUCACUCAUCAAUUGAAAAUUAAAUCCGCAGGAAAGUGCAAACAAUUGUAGAGAAUUAAAAGAUAUUAAAAAAAUAUUGAGAAAAAAACAUAGCUCUAGAAAUCUAUAUUUAUCGUUCAUAACGGAUGUAGCUCUGUACAAAAUUAAAUAAUCUCAAACAAUCUCAAUAUAGGCCAAUCAGCAGAAGAGCCAAAAACAAAGCAACAUAAAAUCAU